GCCAUGUGUAUUUUAUUUGUUGACGAAUGUUUAACCUAAAAAAAUAUAAAUUUUAUUCUUUUUUAUACGAAAUUUAAAAGAAAAUGGCUAAAGUAAAGAAUAAGAGAAAUGCAGGAUUAGCAGAUAGAGUUCAUAACAAGAAAAAAGCCGAAGCAAAUAAGAAAAAAUUGAAUCCAUUCGAAGUUCAUAUAAAUAAGGAGAAACUAAAAGUUUUAGGAAAGAAAUCUAAACAUGAUAGGGGAUUACCCGGUGUUGCGCGGGCAAAGGCCAUACAAAAGAGGAAAGAAACUUUGGGUACAGAAAUGAAAUUAAUAAACAAAACGAACACAUUUAUCGAUCGACGUAUUGGAGAAAAGAAUAACCAGAUAUCUGCAGAGGACCGAAUGAUAGCAAGGUUUGCAGCUGAGCGGGUUAAGCAGCAUAGUAAGAAGAGUAUUUACAAUCUCGCUGAUGAUGAGAUAUUGACACACAGAGGUCAGACGUUAGAGCAAAUAGAAAAGUUUGAUGAUCCAAGAUCAUCAGAUGAUGAAGAUGAAGAUAAGCAGUUUGGAGGCUUAGAUAAUGAUUUCGUAUCAGAAGGCCAUUUCGGUGGAGGAGUCUUAUCAAAAGCAGAGUCAAAAGAUGGGGCCAAAUCACAUAAAGACUUAAUUGAACAGCUCAUUGCGGAAUCAAAGAAGAGAAAAGCGGAGAAGCAGAAGGAGAAAGAGCAAACUCUUGAUCUAACAGAGAAGUUAGAUAGUGAAUGGAAAGAUUUACAGCCAGUUGUUUUUAAGAAGCAAAAGGUCCAAGAGGAAUCGUUGAUUGAUAAAUUGUUAAGUAAAGCAGAAAAAGGGCAGGAUUAUGAUAAGAUGAUGAGAGAGUUGAGGUUUGAGAAGCGAGGCACACCUUCUGACGGUCUCAAGAGUAAAGAGAAGCAAGAUGAAGAAGAAAGAAAGAAAAUAGAGGAAUUAGAGCGACAAAGAGAAUUGAGAAUGAUUUCCGAGGAAGACGUGACCGCACCCAAGAAUGUUAAAACCCCAAAACACAGAUCUGCCGACGAUUUAGAUGAUAAUUUCGAACUAGAGGAUGAAAAGGAAUUUAUGUUAGCAUAUGAUAAAGAUGGGAAACCGCUGGUACCAGAACACGUUCUGAAGGACUAUUCAGUUCCCAACUCGAAAAAAAUAUUUGAGGAUGGUGUAUCUGAUACGUCUGAAGAAGAAGGUAGUGAUGAAGAAAGCGACGAAGACGAUAAUGAAGCAGAGAAGGAUGAAAAUACUGAUGAAAAAAAUGAAGUUACUAAAAGUGAGGACUCCGAUGAAGAGACGUCUGAUGAAAGUGAAUCAGAACAAGAAACAGAGAAGCGAAAUGAAAAAGAUACAACUAAGAAAAGUAUUAAAAAUCUCAAUGAAAGUACAGGCUUAAAGAGAAAGCAUAGUUCUAAUUCUGAUGAAGAUGUUGCAUCUCAUAUAGAUAGUAAUAAAAUAAAUACAGUGAAAUCGAAUAUAGAAAAAGAAUCAUUACAAACUUCUGAAAGUAAAAUUAUUAAAUCAAAUAGUUCAAAUGAUGAUAAAAAUAUGUCGGACGAUGAUGAUGAUGAAGAUGAAGAAUCAUCAAAUGAUUCUGAAGACGGUUCUGAUGAUGAUAAUAAUUUAAAUAACCUAAACGAUUUAAAAGGAACCGACGAAUCGGACGAAGACGAUGAUAUUGAAGAUAGUGAUGAAAAAAUUGGUUCUUUCUUCGAAUUAAAAUCUGUUGAAGGAGAUAAUUUAAAGGAGUUAUUAACAGGGAAAACGCCAUCCCAACACACGAUCGCUUUACAGAAACUAAUAAAAAGUUACGAUCCAGGUUUAUCAGUGAAUAACAAAGAAUUGUUGAGCAGACUAUUUGCACACUUAUUGCAAUAUACGCACGACGUAUUUUCGAAUAUCUCAGAAGAAGGGGAAAUAAUAAAAUCGUUUCUUAUCUUCGAUAGAUUAGUGCCGUUUUUCUACGACCUUAUUCACAUCAACAAAGUCUCGACGAAAAAGUUUUUAGUCGAAUUAUUAAAGGAAAAAUAUGAUGCUUACAAGCGCAAUCCUAAAAAAGUUCCGGAUUUAAAUACGCUUAUAUUUUUUAAAUUAGUGUCUUCGUUAUAUCCCACGUCAGACUUCCGGCAUCCUGUCGUGACGCCAUCUUUGAUUUUCAUGUCGGAUAUAUUGACAUUGGCUAGGUUUACUGACGCUUACUCAGUUUCUAGAGGGUUUUUUAUAGUGUCCCUUAUAUUAGAAUAUACAGUUCUGUCAAAAAGGUAUGUUCCAGCUGCAGUAAAUUUUCUGAGGGGUGUUAUAUUUUUGUGUGCGAAUACUUGUGUUUUGAACCCAGUACAAGUCGUCCCGCCAUUCCGUUUGCACAAGAGCGCGAAAAUUUUGAUUUUGGAACGCGAUUGUUCACAAAUGACAGCCGAACGCAAAAUGGCGGCUAAGGAUUUGGUAGCGACUGAAAUUAAUGACAGCUUAAAAAUACGCUGCUUAUUAACAGCCAUGUUAAUGUUAAAGGAAUUUUUCGAUAAUUACAUAGAAAUUGAAGCAUUAGAAGCGAUUUUUGAACCACAUAUACAGUUAUUAGGGCGUGUAGAUUUGGAUUUGUAUCCGAAAAAAGUAUCGAAGAAGAUUUCAGAAGUACUAACGUAUAUGAAACAGACGUUGGAAGUUAAGACAUACACGCAGAUGUCUAGAGAAAAAGUAAAACCGAAGGCGUUAAGGCUUUACGAACCUGAUAUUCAAGAUGUAUUUACUGGCAGUAAGAGUUCUAAACUUUCCAAAGAGAACGCCGAUAGGGCGAGAUUACAGGGCAAGUACAAGAAAGAAAUGAAGGGAGCUCUCAGAGAGAUACGACGAGAUAAGGCGUACAUCGCAUCUGUCAAGAUACGACAGAAGAUUCAGAGUGACAACGUACGUAAGGACAAGGUCAAACAGAUAUACAAAGACGCGUCCAUUCAGCAAGGGGAGCUGAACAAACUGAAACGAAUGAAAUGAAACUGUUACUUUAUGUGUAAAUAAUAAAUUUACAGA